ACUAAAGGCUAGAAGGCAAUUCAACUUUUUCUUAUUUUUUUUUUUCUCUUGACUCGACUUGGAGUUGGAGGUGCACAUUCCAAGUCAAUCCCACGCCGCACUACACAGGGUUGCAUUGCAAUCGCGGCCCCCCGCACUAUAUAUGCCCGCGGGGGCCGGGGCAGAGGGCGGGUCAGGACUUUUAUCAAACAGAUGGUGAGCGCGGGGGCGGGGCGGAGGGCGAUGUGGCGGUGGAGCUUCCUCGCGAUGCUGCUGCUGCUUAUGGCGGCUUCCGGCCGGUUCGCCGGCGCACUGACGGCGGGGCAGUGCAAGGCGGAGAGAGAUGUGGCAGUAAAAGAAUGCAUGGCGGUGGUGUUCGGGAGGAUGCCGUCGCCGGCGUGCUGCGAGCGGGCGAGAGUGAGCCACGAGGAGUGUAUUUGCCCCGCCGUGACUCCGAAGCUUAUGUCAUAUGUGGAUCCCAAUCGAGCCAUUCGCCUCAUCGAAGGUUGCGGCCGGAAGGUCCCUCGCCAUUUCAAGUGUGGAAGUUUUACAACUCCAUGAAUAUUGUUCAUUAGGGCUCUUUUCUAUAAGCAACCUGAAGAGAUAGAGAGUUGAAUUAUGUGUUAUUUGUGUAGUUUUUAUUUUUAUGAGUGGCUUGUUUAAAUGUUUGGUUAUAUUAUAUGUACUGCUUACUUUGUUUA